AAAAUUGACGAUGACUUCGGAAGAGCGGCAAACAUUGAGCCACUAUUUGACGAUAUACAACAAGGACUAUGUGAAAAGGAAAAUCAACAGGAUUAAGAAGGGUGGCACAAGUCAAGAGUUCAAAGACCCGGUCUGUGAAGGCUUUAGAAAUUUUCUAGAGUUAGACAAAGACGAUUCAAUUCAGCCUCCAAAUGAAGCAGGGGAAGAUUAUCUCGAGAAGAUGAAGCAAGAAAAACCAAAGAUUGCUCAGAUGUUUUUUCAAAACCCUUUGGAUCGACUGACAAUUAAAGGAGAUCAGAUUCUGAAUGGCAAAAGCGUGUAUCAGGUGGAUUAUUGCGACAUAGAAGCAGACAUAAGAAGGAAACUAAUGGAAAAUCAGAAGAAAACUUUCCAGUUGCCAGUUGAUUGGGAUAUACCUUUAACCUCCCAGAGAUGUGAUUUCAGACCUCCUUUGGUGCUUAGCCAGCAGGCAAUGGACAAACCCUUGGUUAUCAAACAUCCAGAUAAUCUGGGUGAAAAUGAAAAAAUCAACGAUAUCCUGCAAGUGAAAACUGGAGACAGUGAGUACAAUCAAGUCAUAGGCAAACUGGGAGAUUUCAUUGUGAAUGAGGAAAUGCAUGGAAAGAUCGACCAUCCAGAAUGUGGGUGCUUGCAGCAUAAGUAACUGUUUGAAGCCAACUAGGAUAAAUAAACUGGAUCGCAUGGAUUAAUCGAUUUUUAAUAGUCACGAGAUUUGCGGCAAAGUUUUAUCAAUAAUGGCUUAGCUGCGAAAGGGCGCAUAUUGGAGCGAUUGCAGCAGCAACGUGAACAAUUCCUUCAACCCUUAACAGGUAGGUUUCGACAUGGAAGAACUGAAGGACUGCAGCAUCCACCAUACAACGAUCAAGAUAUGUGAAGACUUGAAAAACGCCACCGAAUAUAAAACGUUUUUUGAAGAUGUGCAAAAGCUGGUGUCAACACCCAACGUACGAGUGGAGGAUUUCAAGAAUUCCCUACUGAAAGCCAUGCAGGAUCAUGGCCUGGAGGCGGAACUGAAGAAUAACAUUUACAGAUGGGUGAAAACGAAGAAAAAUAACUCCAGUCCUUACGACUCAUUUUUUCGGAAAGCUCAAAUUCACUGGGACAAGAGGAUACAUAAGUCUCUAAACUCGAUGAGCAGCGAACUGGGGAUAAGUUUAGCAAGAUUACGGGGAACCAAUGAAAAAGAAGAAAUCGCGAACAAAUGGAACGAAUUAAGCAACUUUGAAGUCGAUAUUCAUAAAUACCGGCCAGUGUACGCACCGAAAGACUUUCUAGAAGUCUUGAUCAACCUCAAAGGGCCUUGCAAAGAAGAAGUAAAGAGUGACUUGAACAAGUGGGAAUUCGCUCAGAUGCCCCUCAAAGUGAAAAACUUAGUCGAACUGAGAAACAUGUACGCAGAAUUGUCGAGAGGUGAUCUGAUAUUGAACAGCAACAAUUUCGUAAACCCCAGCCAGAACUAUGCCACACUGGAGGCUGAACGGAUUGCACUGGGCGAGAAAAUUCUUGCGAAAAAUUACGCUCCAUUGGCUCAGGAAUUUUUGAAAAAAGGUUGCCCCAAAUGCAUGCGCUCCAAAAUGUGGACUCUUAUUUUGGGCGCCGACGUGAAACCCGUGCAAAUCGCACACUUCGACUCCUUAAAACAGAACGUCCUCCAGUACGACCUCAUGAUAGACAAGCUGAUAAUAAAAGACAUCAAUUUAACUGCUUCGAAUGACGAUCAGUACUUUGUGUUUGAAGACGUCUUGUACCAAGUGAUGAUGUGCUUUUCACGAGACUCGGAUAUUUUGAAGCAACUACCAAACCAGCCAGCUUUUUUGCAAGUGGGUCUGAAAGGCCGACCGAAUACCGCCGAAAACACUUUGGUGUUUCCUCCUAGUGGGGUCAUACCAUUCCAUGGGUUUACUAUGUACGCUGCCCCCUUUUGCUACCUCUACAACAACGCAGUGGAGCUCUAUUUCGCCUUCCGAGGCUUUUACCUCAGGUACUGGCAUCGAUUGCACAGGGUAUGCGCCAGUCCUCAGGGCAUCGUUGCUCUUUGCCUCCAGUUCGAGAAGUUGCUGCAAUGCUUCGAGCCAAGCUUGUGGCAUCAUUUCAAGAAAUGCAGAAUACAUCCAUUGCGGGUGGUAAUCAAGUGGAUGAUGAGAGCUUUCAGCGGCCAUCUCCCUCCUGAGCAGCUUUUAACGUUGUGGGAUAUCAUUUUGGCCUAUGAUUCCCUAGAAGUGGUUCCGGUUUUGGCUUUAGCCAUUGUGGUGUUUCGUAAACAGAAUCUGAUGAAAGUGAACACUUUAGCCAAUAUUGAAGCGGUCCUGGCUGAUCUCAGUUCCAUAGCGGUAGUUCCGCUUUUACAAAUGGCCUUCAUCAAAGAUAAUUAAAGACUUUUUUUA